AUCCUGCCGUCGCUCAUAGUGGUUGUAUUCGAGCGAACGGCGCUCGGAACCGGCAGGGUUUUGUCCUUCCAACAUUCGCACCUCCAGGGCCUUGGCCCAGCGGUCUAGUGUCUUGGUGUGGGGCUCGCUCCUAGGAGCGCCAUGUCCGGCACCGAGUCCCAAAGCAGGACUUUGCUCCUAGUGUCAGCGGGAGCGGUGCUGGGCGGUGCUAUUGCGUUUGGAGCAGCAUUUGGAUUGGCUCAUGCUUAUAGCAAGCGCCUGGAUGCUUUGGAGGAGCAGAAGAAGGGCAGUGUCGGGGCACUGCCGACGCCGCCUCAAUCGGCACCUGCAGCUAUGAUUGCGCGCAAACCCGAACCACAGCUGGUGCAGCCCUACCCGGUCAACGGCAGCGGUCUCAACGGCGGGCUUGUGCAGCCGGUGCCGAUGGGCCUGGCACCCGCGCCAAAGCCGCUGCACAUGCACGCGCCGGUGCAGGCGGUGCAGGCUGCAGAACACGCGAUCAUGUCGCCGCGCGUGGCGCACGUCCGCGCUGCUCGGCCGCAUGAUGCCAUGGCGCCGUACAGUCCGUACCCUGGGCAGGCGGGUGAGGCCAGCGGCAGCGGCCGGCCGUCCAUGGGCGACGCGCAGCUGGUGGAGGGCGAGUCGCCGCGGCAGCCGGGGCUGCCGGUGCGCGCACGCGGCCCGCACGAGCCGCAUCACUCGCGCCCGCUGAGUGGCGGCGGCGGCGUGGGUGCCGGCGCCAGCGGAGUCGGCAACCACCACGGCGCCGGCGCCACCGGCCGCAAGGCCUCGCCUGUGCCUGGCGCCACCUCCACCGCUGCCGCAGCCCAGGACCGCGCCCAGAAGGCGGCUCUGGACAUGAUGAUGGCGGCCACGGGCGGCGGCAUGAGCGGACUGGCCAAGCCAGUGGGGGCGGCGGGCGCGGUCACGAGCGAGAAGGUCCUGGACCCCAGCACCAACGACGAGUACAGCCGCGUGAUCACUCCGGAGACGGCCAUGACGGACGAGGUGGAGGACGUGUGCGCCAUGCUGGUGGAAUGCCUGGAGCUGCGCAAGCACUGGCUGUUCAGGCCGGCGCUGUCGCCUGAGGCGAGGCGCCACGAGCCGGAGGCGGCGGUGCCGUCCGACAUCGACCCGCAGCCCUUCCAGUACAGCCCGCAGCCGCCCUCGGGCCACUCCUUCCGCAUGGUGGAGGGCGUGAUGCAGGUGUUCAGCCCAGACGACCGCGGCUUUAACAACAACCUGUUCCCGGUGCCGGGCACGGCCGCCGAGUUCUUCACCGACAUGCACCGCAUCCUGCGAUACGCCUCGUCGGGCCCGGUCAAGUCGUUCUGCCACCACCGGCUGAUGCUUCUGGAGCAGAAGUUCAACCUGCACGUGAUGCUCAACAGCGACAAGGAGUUCCGGGCGCAGAAGGCCGCGCCGCACCGCGACUUCUACAACGUGCGCAAGGUGGACACGCACAUCCACCACAGCGCCUGCAUGCACCAGAAGCACCUGCUGCGCUUCAUCAAGUCCAAGCUGCGCAAGGAGCCUGAUGAGGUGGUGAUCUUCCGCGACGGCAAGUACCUGACGCUGAAGGAGGUGUUCGAGAGCCUCAAGCUCACCGGCUACGACCUGAACGUGGACACGCUGGACAUGCACGCGGACAAGAACACCUUCCACCGCUUCGACAAGUUCAACCUCAAGUACAACCCGUGCGGCCAGUCGCGGCUGCGCGAGAUCUUCAUCAAGCAGGACAACCUGAUCCACGGCCGCUUCCUGGCGGAGCUGACCAAGGAGGUGUUCGAGGACCUGGAGUCCAGCAAGUACCAGCACGCCGAGAUGCGCAUCUCCGUGUACGGCCGCAAGGCCAUGGAGUGGGACAUCCUGGCGGCCUGGGUGGUCAGCUUCCAGCUGCACUCGGACAACAACGUCUGGCUCAUCCAGAUCCCGCGCCUGUACAACGUGUACAAGGAGACGGGCGUGAUCGAGAACUUCCAGCAGAUGCUGGACAACAUAUUCGAGCCGCUGUUCGAGGUGACCGCCGACCCCUCCACACAUCCGCAGCUGCACGUGCUGCUCAAGCACGUGGUGGGCUUCGACAUGGUGGACGACGAGUCCAAGCCCGAGCGCCGCCCCACCAAGCACUCGGAGCCGCCGGAGCGCUGGAACACCAAGCACAACUGCGCGUACGCCUACUACGCCUACUACAUCUACGCCAACCUGUAUGUGCUGAACAAGUUCCGCGAGAGCCGCGGCCUCAACACCUUCACCUUCCGCCCCCACGCGGGCGAGGCGGGCGACAUCGACCACCUGGUGGCGGGCUUCAUGCUGUGCGAGAACAUCGCGCACGGCAUCAACCUGCGCAAGAACCCCUGCGUGCAGUACCUCUACUACCUGGCCCAGAUCGGCCUGUGCAUGAGCCCGCUGUCCAACAACAGCCUGUUCCUGGACUACCACCGCAACCCCUUCCCGCUGUUCUUCGCGCGCGGGCUGUCCGUCAGCCUGUCCACCGACGACCCGGUCAUGAUCCACCUCACCAAGGAGCCGCUGGUGGAGGAGUACAGCGUGGCGGCGCAGGUGUUCAAGAUGAGCAGCGCGGACCUGUGCGAGAUCGCGCGCAACGGCGUGCUGCACAGCGGCUUCCCGCACGCCUGCAAGAAGCACUGGGUGGCGGAGGAGUACUGGCGGCCGGGGCCGGAGGGCAACGACAUCCACAAGACCAACGUGCCCAACCUGCGCCUGCGCUUCCGGCACGAGACCUACUGCGACGAGAUGCGGCAGGUACUGCACGGCGCGGUGGCGCACCAGGCGCGCAAGGCCGCGCAGCUGAUGCGCGCCGCGCAGGAGUGAAGGAGCGCCGGCCGCGUGCGGGAGGACGCAGAGGUGGGGAGGACGGGGUCCGCAGCGCACGGCGAGGGCGGUGAUGAAAGUGGAUGUUGCGUGCUGCGGCAGCGCGCUGGGUUGCAUGAGGGCACACCUCGUCGACGGCACUGGUGUGUUUAAGCUCACGCACGGUGAGGGCGCGGUGCAAGAGCGGCGGUUUGGUUGCACUGUAUGACGGACACGGCUUGUGAAUACUGAACUGCGAGCUGGGCUAAUAGUUCUGGCUGUAGGUUCUGGGCGCCGGGAUGCGACCCGUGGAUGCGACCCAAGGGAACAACUAGGCGAGCUCUCAGGCGGGGUGGGCUGCCAUACUGACUGCAAGACGGGUAUGUAUUCGCAGACUGUACUGUUGCGGAGUGCUUCUGCUUGUUUGGUUGGCGUUAUGGCAUGGCUGCAGUGGGGGCUGCUGGUGCUGGUGGUGUUCGACAAUCGACAUUCAGGCAGGAUGAGGCCUAGUACUGGCGGCAGGCUCACGGGUAUGCAAGCCAGUGCUUUCUGGGGCAUGAAAUGGUGGACGACGCCACGAGAUUCUUGUCUCUUGACGUGCAGGGAUGCUAUAAUCGCCCUGUAAUGCUACUGGUCUGCAGUUGCGGCCAUGUGGAUGCGGCAUACCGUAUGACGAGUUAGGUUGUAUGGAAAGGGAGGCCGCGGCAACGGGGUGACCCCACGGGUGGCCCAUCACAGUGGCCCGCCCUGUGCGGAACACGUGUAGCACCCCUGGCGGAGUGAGUGACGCUGGAUGGCUGACUUGUACAACAUCACACAGUCCUUGCAUUUCCGCAGUGCGUGCGUGCGUGAGAAAGAAAGCUCGGACGGUGCGCUCGAGGGGGCCUGUGGCUGGUGCCCCACGGCGGUGAUGAGCAUGCCCCCCCCCCUGAUUGUCUGUAAACGGACAUUGUA